AUGACGGAGGAGCAUGAGUACUAUUCCGGAAAGGGAACCAAGAUGGCAAAGCCUUUUACUGCAAAGGUGAGUAAGCACAAAGAAGAUGAGGAAUUGCAUCGGCGCAAAAGAUUGGAGGCUUGGGAAGCCGCCCAAAACGGUGGACGACGGAGCGACGGCAAACAUCAUGGUGGGGAUAAGCCAAUUAGCCACAAAACACUAGGGUUGACGUGGCAAUUGAUUCACUGGCCAAGUGUAAUAAAGUGA